AAGAAAGGUUCUUAGAACUGCCUUGCUCACAACAAUUACAUCUACAACUCUCUGCAUACAACAAUUUAAGGAUAAUAGCCUUUCCAAAUGCAAUCUGGAAUUGUCAAACCGCACAUCGAUGUUGAAAAACUGGAACACUUCAAUGGGUUGAAUUACAAGCAGUGGAGCAUGAAGAUUUAUUAUCAAAUCACCAUUUUGAAAGUGGCAUAUGUCUUGCAUAAUCCAUAUCCACAAGACUGCACUGGCACUUUAAAUGGAGAAUUGACUGAGCAGCAACACAAAUGGCUUGAAGAUGAUUAUGUUUGCCGUCUAACCAUUUUGCAGGCCAUGAUAAAUUCUCUCUUCAAUGCUUUUCAAAAACAUUCCACUGCUCUUGAGUUAUGGCAUGCAAUAGAACAAAGGUAUGUGAAUGAAGAUGCUGGCAACAAAUCUUUCCUUGUCAACAAAUAUAUUAAUUUUAAGAUGAGUGAUUCUAAGCCUGUCAUUGAUCAAGUCAAUGAAUUAAAUGAUAUUGCAACGGAAUGUGCUGAUGCCGGUGAACCAAUUUCUGAGACCUUUCAAGUGUCUACCAUAAUUGGUAAAUUACCACCUUCGUGGAAGGAUUAUCAAAAAUUCCUUAAACACAAGAAAAGGUCUUUGAAAGUGGAUGAAUUGAUGAAGCACAUCCAAAUUGAAUAUGAGGCUCGGAAAAGGGAUGGUCAAGACAAGAGUGAUAAUGUGAAUGCUUUGGAGGGGCCAGCAUCUUUUUCCAAGAAACCCAAUCACAAGUUCAAGAAAGGACAAAAAGGGUCUUCUUCAAUGAAAGGCAAAAAUGGCAAGAACUUGGCAACUUUCAAAAAGAAGAAAGGAGCAUGCUUUGUAUGUGGAAAAUUGGGGCAUGCUGUUAUGCAAUGCUACCACCGUAAAGGUAAGAAAAUUUGUGAAACAAAUAUCAUCACAGAGGAUGAUAUGGUGGCUAUGCUCACUGAAUUACUUGUUAUAAACAAUGAAGAGGAUUGGUGGCUUGAUUUAGGAGCAACAUGUCAUGUGACUCCAUUUAAAAGUUCUUUGAAGACAUAUGAAGAAAUGAAUGGAGAAAAAUCUAUCUUCAUGGGAAAUUCUUCCACAUGUGCAGUUGUUGGUAAAGGGACAGUGAAACUUUCUUUGACUUAUGGAAAAGUUCUCACUUUGCAAGAUGUGUAUCAUAUUCCAGGUCUUAGGAAAAGUUUAAUUUCUAUCAAAAAACUUGAUGAUCAUGGGUUUAAAGUUGUAUUUGAUUCCCAAAAAGUGAUCAUUUACAAGAAAGGAUCCUUUGUUGGGAAAGGCUAUGCCAAAGACAAUAUAGGACCCAAGAAAUUUAGUGAAGCCAUGGCCUUACUAGAUGCUUCUUUAUGGAAAAAGGCCAUGGAUGAUGAGAUAAAGUCUAUUCAUGAUAAUAAUACAUGGAUUUUGGUUGAUCUUCCUCCUAAUACUAAACCUAUUGGCUGCAAAAUUAUGUUUGCCAUUGCAUCCAUUUAUAAUCUUGAGGUACAUCAAAUGGACGUGAAGACAGCUUUUUUGAAUGGAGAACUUGAUGAGGAAAUCUACAUUCAUCAACCCGAGGGAUACAUAGUGCAAGGUCAAGAGGAUAAGCCUAGUAAAGCUCCAAUUGAUCCACAUGUUAAAUUAAUUCCUAAUCAAGGUGAGCCUAUUAAUCAAAAGGAGUAUGCUAAAAUCAUUGGUAGUUUAAUGUAUGCCAUGAAUUAUACUAGGCCUGAUAUUGCAUGUGCUGUUGGAAUUUUGAGUAGUUUAGCUGGCAUUAUAAUUGCUCUACUUUUGUCUUGGAGUGUUACAGUGAUGCUAAUUGGGCAUCUGAUAAGAUAAAUUCAAAAUCAACAAGUGGAUGGUUAUUUACCAUUGGUGGAUCCAUUGUUUCUUGGUCCUCUAAAAGAAAAAAGUGUGUGGCUUUGUCUUCUAUGGAAUCUGAGUAUGUUGCCAUGUCAUUGGCAUCAAAAGAAAUUUUAUGGUUAAGGAGAUUCCUAAAAGGUAUUCCAUUUGUGGAAAUACCAAGAGGACCCAUCAAAUUAUUUUUUGAUAAUCAAGUCGCAAUUCACAA